ACAAUAUAUAUGAAAAGCUUGAAAGUACAACAGCCUUUUAGGUGUGUAUUUCUUACAAUAUAAUAUUUAGAAAUGAGAUCUGAGUUAAUUUUAUUACUUGUUUUCUUCUCCAUGGUACCACUGCAUUAUGGUUACAACUGUACAGUUUGUGACCAACGAAAAUGCCCCCCCCAUCCUUUAGAUUGCAAUGGUCACUUUGCAAUAGACCCAUGUGAAUGUUGUCAGCAUUGUCCCAAACAACAAUGGGAAACAUGUGGUGGUGAAAACUGGGAAUUUGGAUACUGUGGCAAUAGUCUGAAGUGUGCUGCAGUCAUUGGAGAGGAACUGGUGAAGCUACCCAUGAUGGGAAUUUGCAAAGAUUUAAAAGGAUUCCCAUAUCCUAAUUAUUGGGAGGAUGACGAUGAAAACUGCCCAGAACAAAGUGGAUGUUAUGUCCAGACAGGUCAAUGUGUCUGUCUCACAAAACGUACUUGCAUAAGUGAUUUCCGUCAUUCUUCUCAGGAACAGUGCAUGAUGGAAAGGCGUUCUUUUUAUGAUUAUAAUGUUGAUGAGAACUAUGAAACCUCUUUUAUAAACGUAUGCUUUGACAGAGGCUGUAAUAUAGUUGAUGAAAAAUGUAUUUGUGAAUCUGGAAAAUGUGGGCACACCUAUGAGUUCAGUGAAGCUAGACAUUGCAACAAAGAACUAGUAAAUAGACGUUGUGCCAAUGUGACGUGCCAGGAAGUAGGAAACAUCUCAUGUCCUCGAGAUUCUGUGGCUACUAAACCCCAUACACCAUUUGGAGAAUGUUGCCCCACAGUGCCCAGUCUCUGUACUUGUGAUUUUAGCAAAUGCAACAAUGAUUGUCAAAAAGGGAAAAGAAAAGUAAUGAUUCAGAAAACUUCUGGAAUCCCAGGAAAUUGCUGCGACCGAUUCUUGUGUUUAUUGUAACUACAAAAUUACUUUUUUUUUUAAAAAAAUGUUAAUUAAAAUGCUAUAAUAAUAAUAAUAAUUUCUUAGUAAAUGCAGGAUAUUAUUGUAACCUGAUUGUUCUUUGUGACAAAACCUAUGUUAUAAAAUAUAAACAAGAUGAUUUUAUG